UAAACACUAACGGACCGAUAAUUAAGCAGAUUUGGGUGUACAAGGGAGGCAAAGAAGGCAAAGAUCCAGCCGAUCAACGGAGACCCUGGACCAUGGAUUUAACAGCCAGCGAAUCUCUCGCCCUGGGUUUUCGGCUUUGGACUCUGGAGGGGAACGCAAAGAAGGAACUGGCAACGAAAGCAAUCAUUUCCAAGCGGAGAAAGGCCCAGACGAUCGACCAUGGGACUGGCCACUCUGGGUCCUUUGGAGAAAAAAAUGGAGAUCGAGCUUUCAUCGCCAUCAAAUGAGAUUACGUCUCCUUGUCAGGGCAGCACCUGCCUCAUGGAGCCUUGAUCCAGCAACAGUUUUUUUCACAGGGGUUGAUCGGCUGUGGAUCCCAAAUAGGAGAAUUUCGUUGGCUUGGGACUUGUGGUCAGUGGCGUUGAAGCCCUCCAUACUUACAGCGCUUGUGAUAUCGAUCCUAUUGCGCAAUUGGCAAUGCUGUUCCAUCCCCGAUCAUGCAACUUUGACCGGAUAUCGAGACGAUACAUCUGUUAGGGGGGUUGCAGUUGCAAUUGGCAUUGACACACCACCUUUCACUUCCAUCCACGCAAAAGGAAGUGUUGCAAACGGAGACGGGCGGGAAACAUUCCUUGGAGACGAUCCCCUAGGAAAGGGUAUGCGGCGGGGGGGCCCACGGGAUGAUGACGACGGCUGCAGGCCAAUCGCUUGGCAUCAUUUCCUUUUCAUCCGUUUUAGUUCAUUUCAUACUAUACCGAUGGGUCUUUUUGACUUUUUCUUUUCCCUUUUUUUUUUUAUUAUUUUUCUUUUUUACCUUUCCUUCCUUGUCAAUCUUGUCAAUAGCUUGCAUAUAUCCCACGCCACUGGAACAUGGAUGUCUAUGCAUAGAUUUUUAAAAAUAGAUCAUCGAUAUCUGAUAUGCUUCAUUGAUCCUCAAUCUUGGUCGUGGAAGGCGGACUCUCCAUCAAAAGUUCAUCAACAUCACCUGAUUUUGGAAAUUUGUCAGAUACUCUUGGCAUACAUCUCAUACCAAAUUGAGGAACUGAUAACGUGACGUUGUAUAUAUAAAAGAUGGUGCAGGAGAGACUUGGGAGAGUGGAAAUUUGGAAUAUAUCCAACUCAGCUUCAAUAGCUAUCACCACUUCGAGCAACCUACAUUGCAAAGGGGCAUAUAGACAUGCGGUGAAAUAGACUAAUAUCUCCCCCAACUCCAGGGGAGAAGACAUUUAGACCUAGACCCUGUACUAGGGUCUGGCAUGUUCUAGCCGUGCCUCAAAUUUGAUAGCAGCAAGGUGCCAUGAAAAGCCACCGAAACCUUGCAGGGUGUGUGACACAUUAUGAUUGACUUUCUCACUAAAAGGGGAAAGAACCUAUACAUAGUAUACACUAUCGAGCCAUGGGCUUGGUCACUUGAAACAGAUGGUCUGUGGUCGCUCCGAAUGGGCUUGUAGAAACAGCGAUCCGAAGAAGUAAUAAUACGGAGUAACUACGGAUACUACAGAGAGUAUUAAUAAU